AUGAAACGAGCCCAAUUCAUAGCAAACGCGACGAUGAAGAAUGAGAAGGCGAAUGUCCAGGCAGACAAUUUUAUACCCCCAGGAUCGGAAAAAUCAGAAAUGAAAAAUUUUAAUUUUUUUCCCCAUUUAUUUUUAAAGGGGGAAUUAAUGAGACAGUUUCUGAUGGACGAAGAUGUGUGGCUAUUUAUACAAAACUUUAAAAUGAAGUUAAAAGAAAGUCCUAACGAUGUUGAUAGCUGGUUGGAUUAUCAGCUACACUUGGCGAAAAACAACAUGGGGAAUUUGUUCCACUCGGAUAUCCCCCCAUUUGAACACGUAAAAAAGAGCAGCGAAAGUUUUAGCUCAAAGACAUAUUACGAAGUGGAUAAAAAUUUUGGCCAUCCUAAUGAGUUUGCCAAGCGGAAUGACUUUUCUGAACAGUGUGGGAGGAGUACCUGUGAUGAUUUGGACCAACUGGACAGACGGACUCCCCGCAGCAGAGAGAGGGAAGAAUUCGAAGAAAAUGAUAAAAUGGAUGAUGAGAACGAGGGAGACAGGACCAGCGCUGUAGAAUUAGGAACGCGAGGAACAAGCAGAGUUGGCAUAAAUGAUAUACUAAUGAGGAGGAUGUCCCAAAGCGAACAGGGGAAAGGAAGUGCCAGCACCCAGGUGGGGUAUAGGAUUCCCACACUAAAAGAUGACCCUCAUUUGGGGGAAAGCAGAAGUAGAUCUGGAUCGAGCCACACCCCCAGUAGGUCUGCAGAAAGGAGGAUCAGUGGGGUCGGAAGUCAUCUCGACUUUAGCAGCGAACGGAAUGAUCACACCGAUGUGUCCACGGAUGAAAAUUUGAAACACUACCACAAUGGUGAAGAAGUGAUAAUAAAAAAGAGGCAUGAUAGUAGGGAAGAGAACAAAGUAGCUACAAACAAUUACAGUGACGUGGACAAGGAGGAAUACCACGAAAUUAUGGGAAGGAUACAGCAACCCAGGGAGAGAAACAAUUUAGAGGAUGAAAUUUUUAGCCCCCAAAGGGAGGCAGUAAUGAAGUCGAUAUAUGAGGUGUUCACUGACCCCACGCAGGGUAGUGAGAAGGACGAUAUGAUGACUACGUUUAGGGAAACUACACAUAGGGAAGAUGACGCACAUUGGAAGGCAGAAGAUGAUUAUAUUUGCGGUGGUACAGAGAAGGGGGGGCUCUCCCAGGAGAAAACUCCCCUCGGUGAGGAUGAGCCUGGGGAUAGAAACGGGAAACAUCGCAUGUCUGGGAAACACCACCCUGGAGGGAACAUCUCCCCCGUUGAAGAACUCCUUCAGGGGGAAGAAAAAUUUAGCUACCCGAUGCACAUGCAGGGGCACGAAACACAACACAGAACAGCAACUCUAAUUGCGAGUAAAAUUCCAACGGAGGAGAGCCACCUCCUAAGGAAAAACAAACAGCUAGAACAACCUCCGCAUGAGGAGAAACAAAUCCGAAGUGACCCCACAUAUAGCCCUAAAGAAAGUGAAAAAACAUUGCAGGAUAUGAACAAAACGGAGGUGCCUAUUGUAAUACCCAAAAUGACAGUAACCAUAGACAAAAUGAUGAACGAGGAGACGGACAAAAAAUUAAAAAAAAUAUUCAGCCAAUGUGACAAUAAAAUGAAUUUAGAUUUAUUCGAAAGGUUAAUAGUUGUAGACUUUCUAAAAAUUGGAAGAUAUAUGAGCCACACUUUGUACUCUCGUAUUGAAAAAGUCAAUGAAGAUUUUGUAACGUGUGAUGAAGUAAGGAAGUACUUCCGCAAUCGCUUUAUUGAUGGGACGAAGGAUCCAAGUUACUACAACGAUAGUAGGUAUAGGAGUUUAUUUGAAAGGGCCAAACAGGGAAGCGUAAAAAGCGCCCUGCACGUCGUUACUCCAUCGGAUGGGGAUAUCAGAGAUGAGUCUGUGAAUGAAAUUUCUCACCUGCAAAGUGAAGCAACCCGCUUAGACUGCGAUGAGCACGCGCUAGACGUGAAUGACGGAGGAUGCAGCCAAAAGGGAGAAAUUGUAGAUGUCCCAUAUAAGAAGUGUUCCAUUGUAAAUUUCUUCAAUGCAGUUAAGGACCCCAAUAGGGACUACAUCGAGUUUAAAGACUUUGAUGUGUUCGUAAGAGAAAUUCUAAAAAGAAACACAUCUUUGCAGUUCCUACAUGAGCACGCAGAAUUUUUAGAAAGAUACAUAGAAUCUGUCAUCGUGAGGAUAUAUUAUCACAUAGAUGUAAACGACACGAAUAGAGUGUACUUAAAAGACUUGAGGAGACACAACUUGGCUCACAUUUGGUGUUGCCUAGAUGACAAUAUAAAAGUACAGCACGUGAAAAACUAUUUCAGUUAUUCCCACUUCUAUGUGUACUAUUGCACCUUUUGCCAAACGAGCAGCUGCAAAGAUAUGCUCAUUGAUGACAACGAUCUGUACAGAUUCGAUAACCAUUCGCUAAAUGAUUUUAUAGUAAAUAGAAUUUGGUCUAGGAUAUCCAUCAAGUUGGGAGGACCAAAUGAAAAAUAUAUGUGUCUAAACGACUGGAUUUAUUUUAUCAUGAAUUACGAAGACAUGACAACAGAUCGGGCCAUUGAAUUUUGGUUUAAACUAAUCGACUUGGACGCUGAUUGCGUCAUUAGGGACCAUGAAAUUCAAGUUUUUUUUAACAUUCAAAUGGAGAGAUUAAAGUCGCAUUAUUUGGAGGAACCUAAAUUUGAAGACUGGCUUUGCCAGAUGAAUGAUGCCAUUCAGCCAAAGAAUGAAGGCAAUUUUACCCUCUCCGAUUUUAAAAGGAAUAAGAAAUAUGCAGCCAGGUUUUUUGGUUGCUUGGUUAGCUUGUCCAAGUUAUUAGCUUGGGAGAGCAGGGAUGUGUACAAGGAGUUGCAAAUCGAGACGGAGUUUCCCCACGCCACUCCAUGGGAGAUCUUCUGCAAAACUAAGUACGACGAAUUAUGCUACAUGGAGAAUGAAGGCUGCUAUGAGGACAAUUUUGACACCUACGAGGGGAAGGGCUUCUACGGGUUGGACUCCGAUUGA